CAUGGCGGCCCCCUUGGAACUCAGCUGCUGGGGAGGUGGUUGGGGGCUCCCGUCGGUGCACAGUGACUCCCUGGUGGUGCUGGCUUAUGCCAAAUUUUCGGGGGCGCCUUUGAAAGUCAAUGUCAUAGAUAACACCUGGAGAGGUUCAAGAGGUGACGUGCCAAUUUUGACAACUGAAGACAGUACUGUUUCUCAGCCGGCAAAAAUACUAAACUUUUUAAGAAAACAGAAAUAUAACGCCGAUUACUACCUCUCGGCAAAGCAAGGGGCGGAUACCCUGGCGUACAUUGCUCUUCUGGAAGAAAAGCUUCUCCCUGCAGUGCUUCACACAUUCUGGGUUGAGAGUGACAAUUAUUUCACUGUAACAAAGCCAUGGUUUGCUUCACAAAUUCCUUUUCCCUUGAAUUUGAUCCUGCCUGGAAGAAUGUCGAAAGGAGCUCUGAACAGGAUUCUCCUGACCAAAGGAGCGCCUCCUCUCUACCACCUCCAAGAAGUGGAAGCACAGAUAUACAGAGACGCCAAGGAAUGCCUAAAUCUUCUGUCCAAGCGAUUAGGGACCUCUCAGUUUUUCUUUGGAGAUACGCCUUCUACCUUGGAUGCCUAUGUGUUUGGUUUCCUGGCACCACUUUAUAAAGUGCACUUUCCCAAAGUUCAGUUGCAGGAGCAUCUGAAACAGCUUUCCAACCUGUGCCACUUUUGUGAUGACAUCCUAAGCAGCUAUUUUAGGCUUAACCUGACAGGCGUCUCUCCAGCUGGACAAGACACGGUAGAUGCUAAUCUGCAGAAACUCACACAGCUUGUAAAUAAGGAAUCCAACUUGAUUGAAAAGAUGGAUGACAAUCUUCGCCAAAGCCCUCAACUUCCUCCUCGCAAGCUGCCCACCCUCAAGUUAACACCAGCAGAGGAAGAAAGUAAUUCCUUACAACGGCCAUCGCCCUGACAGCCGCCAUGCUGUGUGCCCAAGCGUUUACCUUCGAGUCAUAUGACUGUCACAGAGUUCUGUCAGACUCAGUGUGUUCGGGCAAAAGAAAUGCUGUCAAUACGUCUAAGGAAGACUCUAGUCAGACAAAAGGAGCUUUUUAUGUCCUUGUUUAUUUUAAUUAGGACGCUUAUACUUCAGUUUGGCCAUGCACUUUAAGUAACAUCAAAGUGAACACUAAAUGAACUUUGUGGGAAAAUACAUAGUACUGUAUGUAUAUAUAUAUAUAUAAAGAAGAAAAGAAAAAAAAAGAAAACCUGCUUGAAUUUUGGCCUUGGUUCAUGUGUCACUCACCAAAAGCUGCAAUUCUCUUCUGAAUGUGCACUCUUAAUUUAUUCAAGUUAAUUUAUUCAACUUACUAAUAUGGUUUUCGUAGAUGAGUCUGAAUAUUUAAUAUGUGGCUAUUUUACUGAGAUUCUUCCCCACCCCCCACCCCUUCUAUUAGAAAUCUAACGCCGACUUUAGGAACUAGGAAAACUAUAAAUUACUUCCAUAGAAAGGCCGGUUAUUUAAGUUAAACACAAUGAGCUCUUUAGUAAUGCUCUCUUUAAGUCUAAACUUUUGGGGGUUUAGUACCACAGAUGUAAAUAUUAAAGGUGGUCAUGUACAGUAUUCAA